ACGUCAAGGUACUGUUGUAGCCUUGUUAGCAGUUAAGCUAGGCUAGCAUCAAUGAAAGCCUCAUAGCUUACGUAGUUACCCCGUUUUAUUCGAAGGAGGCUAUCGGCACAUUAAAAUAUAUGUUUCGUUUAUCUGAAGCUAAUUUUUGUGUGCUUCAGUUUUAUUUGGGAUUAAUCUAAACACACUCAAUAAAACUACAUUUUAACUUUUAAAUUGUUUUGUCUAUUCCACGUCAGAAAAAGCCUUAAUGUCGUUAAUAAUGGCAUGGCACCUGCUAAUGUGUGCGCAUUGCUGCAGGACUUUCAUCGAAAGUACGGAUAAGCCCUGUUGGAUGUAUUCAGUGUAUCCCGAAUUUACCUGACCACCUCCACAAAGCUAAAUAAAACCCCAUCUUCAUGCUAGGAUUGGUCGGUUGCUUUGUGCGUGCAGCAGGCUGUUUUUGGGUGAUUGUAAAGUGUGGUUUGGUGUGACCCACCAGAGAAAGAAAAUGUACUGUUUGCUGGACACUGGUCAGCUCCUCCCUGGACCACAGUCGCACAUAGCAUUGGUUGCAAGACAGCCUUUGUAAUGACCCCUUGAAACGCAGCAAUGGCAUCCAACAGCACGCGGAGUCAAAAAGACCACAUAAAGUGGGGUGUUUUGAAGCCUUUCACUUCCACCGUUCGCCAGGCCUGAUUUACGACUUUCUCUUAUUCUUCGGUACAGAUAAAGAAGGUCAAGUCGAGAAUUAAGUCUCUGGAUGAAGAUUAACGUUAAAACAAUGAUCCUCUGGCAGCUACCGCCAGGACCAGCGGAGGCUUCAUUUCGGGGUGCUGUCCGCAAUGCAGGUUGCGAGGCCAGUUGUGUGUCCGAACAAAAUCCACCAUGGCGUCAGCAAAUGUAACACUGGAAAAUCAGUUGCAGAGUGCACAGAAAAACCUGCUCUUCCUCCAGCAGGACCACGCCAACACGCUAAAGGGGCUGCAUGCAGAGAUCCGCAGAUUACAGCAGCAGUGCACAGACCUGACGUAUGAGCUCACUAUCAGAAGCUCCGAUCCCUCAGACAGCAGCGAGGCCCGAUGCAGGGAGCUGCAAAGGAGGUGUGAGGAGCUGGAGGCCCAGUUGAAGAAGAAAGAGGAGGAGAACACAGAGCUUCUCAGGGACCUGGAGCAAAAGAACGCCAUGAUUUCUGUCCUGGAAAACACCAUCAAAGAGAGAGAAAAGAAGUACCUGGAGGAACUUAAGAUGAAGAGCCAUAAACUGGCUGUUUUGUCUGGGGAGUUAGAGCAGAGAGCCAGUACCAUUGCUUACCUUACCUCACAACUACAUGCCACUAAGAAAAAGCUGUUAGCCAGCAGUUCCUCUGAGGCCAGCCCUAACGCCAGUCCUGUCACCUCGUACAAGCCCACGCCUCCACCGGCCAAGGACAGGCAGCCUGAAACCCCACGUCGCCGCAUGAAGAAGAGCCUCUCCCAGCCUCUACAUCCAGAGUUGACAGAGGUGUAUCGCCUUGGAGCGGACGGUAGACGGAUGGUGCUGCGGGAGACAGUGGAUGCCAUGCCUGACCCAACACCCUUCUUGCAGGCAGGCAGAGAGUCUCCUGAACCACAGGUAGUUCGUGAGCGGCCUGCUGUCAUCCCUCCCAUUGCCCCUGAGCGCUCACAUGCUCCUCCACUGGGCGCUACGGCAAGUCCGCGACACAGCCCCGCACGGGACCGUCAGUACAGGGCUCACGUGGGCGUGGCACACCGCAUUCCACAUGGCACUCCUCCCUUGGCUCCGCCACAGGCGGAUGUGGAGACUCUGGCAGUGGACCAGGUCAACGAGGAGAAGGUUGUUCGGAAGCGCUCGGGAGCCGACAGGACAGUUUAACACUGCACUGCAAACCUGCACCUUAAAUGCACAUCUACUGUAUACACACCACACUGCAAGAACAAGAAGCAGCCUGAACCACUUUGUAGCCUGCUUUUGACGCAACACUGCAAUAUUAAAAAAGAAACUAUGAAAGUAUAUUAUGAUUUGGUGAUGGUAUUCCAUUAGGACUUUUGUUUUUUUUCAUAUACAGUAGAAAUGGACUACUAUAAAGCAUGCCAAAUGUUUAUUUACUGUACACCCCAGUGAGUCCUUGUACUAUCACACAUUGACUUUUUGCUUAGGCUUUCACUUCAUUCUGUCUUACAUGGUGCACACAACAAAUUCUUAGCCAAAUAUCUGCAUCAGUGCCUGCUGAACCAGUUUUACCAUACACGAGCUCCAUAAUGUAGUCAUGGCUAAUAGUUAUAUUUACAUAUCUCUGUCUUCUUCAUCUUCUCUGGACAUAUCAACAAACUGUAUAACAAGCUGUGUGCAGCUGCUUAGGAUAGAGCUGAAAUAAUUAAACUAUUACUCCCUGAAUGUCUUUCAUCUGCUUGUGAUAUCAGUAUAAUAACAGCCCUGUAGGUAUGAGCUGUGUAAUAUGCAAUUAGACGAUUGGCAGUUGCGAAGGUGAAAACUGGACUCUCAUCUUUUCCUUUGCUGACUGGGAAAAACAGCAAUAGGCGUGAGAGAGAGAGCGACAGCGAGUGCGUGUUUCUGAGAGACAGUGUAAGCCACUGUGACAGCUAAAUUUUAGUUUCAACAUUUAUCCAUUGAUGUUGUCAUGCAAGGGCAUUUUUUUCAAAAACACUGCUGUAAUAGGAUUUUUGUGAUAUUAUUAAUUGUACUUUAUAAAAGCUGUACAUUUGUAAUGAAUUCCUUUUUUUUUAUUUAUUAUUGAUUGUAGGACUCAAUAGAAAGUACAACAACACCUCAGAUAUUCACUGUAGUUACACCACCAAUGUGACGGUAAUUAAAAUCACUAAAUAAUCUGCUUUUCACUGUAAGGUGUACUAUACAAAACAGUACAAUAAACAAUAAAUGAUUUUUUUCAAA